AAAGAGAGCGCGAGUGUGGAGAGUGUCGUCAGUUAAAACCUACAGUCCCAGGAGAACAACAGCGCCAUUCAGUUACAUAAUUCAGGUCUAAGGGGAAGCGUGGACAUUGAUACAGAACUGAAUCGCGCAAUGGCUUUUUCUGCAAAGUGGCUUUUGCUUUAUUUACCACUAAUCUGUUUCUUCAAGUGGACAGUUAUUUCAGCUUUUAACCUUGACACGGAAAAUGUUUUCAGGAAAAACGGAGAGCCCGGCAGCUUGUUCGGCUUUUCACUCGCCAUGCACAGGCAACUAAAUCCCACCGAUCAAAGAAUAUUGCUUGUUGGAGCACCUAAAGCAAAGUCUUUAUCCAAUCAAAAGGCCAACAUAACUGGUGGUUUGUACAGCUGUCAACUUAACAUACAACAAGAUGAUUGUAAGCGCGUCAUGUUUGACAAUGACAUUAACCCGUCAGAAGAGAACAAGGAAAACCAGUGGAUGGGUGUGACAGUACAAAGUCAGGGACCAGGUGGAAAGAUUGUGACCUGUGCACAUCGGUACGAGAAGCGACAGUUUGUAAAUACACCACAGGAAUCCAGAGACAUCAUUGGCCGCUGCUAUGUUCUGAGUGAAGACCUGACCAUUCAGGAUGAGAUGGACGGGGGUGGCUGGAAGUUCUGUGACGGUCGAUUGCGGGGGCAUGAGAGGUUUGGCUCUUGUCAGCAGGGUCUAUCAGCAACUUUCACAAAGGACUAUCAUUAUAUUAUUUUUGGAGCACCAGGCACCUACAACUGGAAAGGGGUUGUGCGAGUAGAGCAAAGGAACAAUACUCUUGUGGAUUUAGGAAUCUUGGAAGAUGGUCCCUAUGAAGUUGGGGAUGAGACCCGUUUUGAUGAAAACCUAGUGCCUGUGCCAGCUAACAGUUACCUAGGAUUUUCAUUGGACUCUGGGACAGGCAUCACUAAUAAAGAAAAUAUAACGUUUGUGUCUGGCGCACCAAGAGCCAAUCACAGUGGCGCAGUGGUGUUUCUGAAGAAAGACGGGCAGUUCUCCAGAAGUCUUAGUCCAGAGUACAUUCUUGAAGGAGAGGGACUUGCUUCUUCUUUUGGAUAUGAUGUGGCUGUAGUUGACCUCAACAGUGAUGGAUGGAAAGAUAUUGUUGUCGGAGCGCCUCAGUUUUUUGUCCGCGAUGGAGAGAUCGGUGGAGCAGUUUAUGUCUACAUCAAUAACGCUGGGAAAUGGGAUGAUGUCAAACCGACCCGUCUGAAUGGUACCAGAGACUCAAUGUUUGGACUAGCUGUUGAAAACAUUGGGGACAUUAAUCAGGAUGGAUUUGAAGAUAUUGCAGUUGGCGCACCUUAUGAUGGUGGUUCAGGAAAGGUGUUCAUUUACCACGGAUCCAAAAGUGGAGUUAACACCAAAGCCGCACAGAUUCUUGAUGGCCAGGACUUUGGUAUUAAGUUUUUUGGAUACUCGUUGGCUGGGAAUAUGGAUCUUGAUGGGAAUUUAUAUCCUGAUAUUGCUGUUGGAUCACUCUCGGAUGCCCUGUUUGUUUUCAGGGCAAAGCCAGUUAUAAGCAUCAAGAAAACAAUUGAAACAUCUCCUGCCAGAAUCGACCUUGAAACAAAAAACUGCCUGAAUGGCAAAAGUAUUUGUAUGUCUGCUGAAGCAUGCUUUAAGUACACUGCCAACCCCAGUGACUACAACCCUCGACUAACUAUUGCAUACACAUUUGAAGCUGAAUCUGAGAGGAAAAAAAUUAACCUGCCAUCAAGAGUAACGUUUUUAAAUAACAUGCCAGGAGACCCAGACUAUCAGCAUACAGGAUCUCUGGAGCUGAGGGGACAAAAUAAGGAAAAAUGUGUCAAAGCUGAACUUAAGCUGCAGGAUAACAUCAAAGACAAACUGCGUGCUAUUCCCAUAACAGUUGCUGUUGAAAUCAAACAGGCAAGACGCAAGAAAAGACAAGCUGGCAAACUCUUACCUCUUGUCCCAGUCCUAAACUCUAAUGAUCCCAGCACUGCACGAUCAGAGGUAAACUUUCUGAAAGAAGGUUGUGGCUCAGAUAAUAUCUGUCAGAGCAAAUUGAAGCUAGAAUACAAGUUCUGUUCCAGAGAUGACAAUGACAACUUUACACCACUAAAUGUGGAGGAUGGUUUGCCAGUGAUAGCUCUGAGUCAACAGAAAGACAUUGCCCUUGAAAUAACUGUGACCAAUGUGGCUGGGGAUGAUGCACACGAAGCCAAACUCAUAGCGACGUUCCCCGACACCCUAUCCUACUCUGCUUUCCGCCAUAGUUCAGACAAGCAGCUCAUAUGUAGUGCCAAUCAGAAUGGGUCUCAGGCUGACUGCGAACUGGGAAACCCCUUCAAGAGAGAUUCUAAAGUUACUUUCUACGUGAUCUUAAGUACAACUCAUGUUAAUCUUGAUACUACAGAUAUUGAAAUCAACCUGAAGCUUGACACGACAAGUGAACAGAAGGAUUUGGCUCCAGUCACAGCAAAGGCUCGGGUCGUUAUUGAACUUCUUCUCUCUGUGUCGGGUGUGGCUAAGCCUUCCCAGGUCUACUUUGGAGGUUCUGUGAAAGGAGAGGCUGCCAUGAAGAUGGAAGAUGAAGUUGGAAGUUUAGUUGAAUAUGAAUUCAGAAUUAUUAACUUGGGAAAACCACUGAAAUCGUUGGAUGGUGCCUAUCUAGACAUUCAGUGGCCAAAGGAAAUCAGCAAUGGCAAAUGGUUACUGUAUUUGAUGAAGAUCGAGACCAAGCAUCUGGAUAUUGUAACCUGCACCCCUACAAAGGAAAUAAACCCAAGAAGACUGCUGGAUUCUCUCAGUUCCUCAAGGAAAAAGCGUGACACUGGAGGACAGCAGACAGAAGAAAAACUGUCCCUCUUAUCAGACAAAAGAAAAUACCUCACCCUGGAUUGUGGGAAGAAUGUUAACUGUGUGAACAUCAGGUGCCCCCUAAAGGGAUUAGACAGCAAUGCAGAAGUGGUCUUGCGAUCAAGACUGUGGAACAGCACAUUCCUGGAGGAAUAUUCAAAACUGAACUACCUUGAUAUUAUUGUUAAAGCAAGUAUCAACAUUAUUGCCACUAAUGUGGUCCUUAGAAAUGCUAACACUCAGGUUCGAGUGACAGUAUUUCCAGAGAAAACUGUGGCACAGUACACUGGAGUUCCCUGGUGGAUCAUACUUGUUGCGAUUCUUGCUGGGAUCCUGAUGUUGGCACUGCUGGUGUUUUUAUUGUGGAAGUGUGGUUUCUUCAAGAGAGCUAAAAAAGACCAUUAUGAUGCUGCUUACCACAAGGCUGAGAUCCAUGUCCAGCCAUCUGACAAAGAAAGACUUACUACUGAUGCAUAGUGCUCAUCUUCUAUAUACACUUAUUUGUGUGGAUUUUUCAAACGGUCCAAAUAUGCCGACAGUGUUCCAAGUUACAAUGCUGUGCGAAUUCGAAAAGAGGAGCGCCAAUUUAAAGAUGGAAAAUCAAAAGAUAAAUAUGAGAAAAAGCAAUGGAAGACAACGUGGAAUGAAAACGAAAGCUACUCUUGAAGCAACGUCCUAUUGUUGGUUUUAAUAGUGCUGUGGGAAAU